AUGUUCUUUAUGGAACUGAUCCCCUCUAUCUAUCUAUCUCUAUCUCUCAUAUCUAUAUCUCUCUCUCAUCUAUAUCCAUCUAUCUAUCUAUCUCUCUAUCUAUCUAUCUAUAUCAUCUCAUCUAUCUAUCUCUAUCUAUCCCAUCUAUCUAUCUAUCAUCUAUAUCCAUCUAUCCAUCUAUCUAUCUCUAUAUCCAUCUAUCUAUCCAUCUAUCCAUAUAUCUAUCUAUCUCUAUAUCCAUCUAUCUCUAUAUCUAUCUAUCCAUCCAUCUAUCUAUAUCUAUCCAUCUCUAUAUCCAUCUAUCUCUAUAUCCAUCUAUCUCAUAUCCAUCCAUCUCUAUAUCUAUCCAUCCAUAUCUAUCUAUCCCCAUCCAUCAUCUAUAUCCAUCUAUCCCCAUAUCCAUCUAUAUCUAUCCAUCUCUAUCCAUCCAUCCAUCUAUCUCUAUAUCUAUCCCUAUCUCUAUAUCUAUCUAUAUCCAUCUAUCCAUCCACAUCCCAUCCAUCCAUCCCCACAUCCAUCCAUCCAUAUCCAUCCCCAUCCAUCCAUCCAUCCCCAUCCAUCCAUCCCCAUCCAUCCAUCCCAUCCAUCUAUCAUCCAUCCCUAUCCAUCCAUCCAUCCCCAUCAUCCAUCCCAUCAUCCAUCCAUCCAUCCCCAUCCCCAUCCAUCUAUCCAUCCCAUCCAUCCCCAUCCCCAUCCAUCAUCCAUCCCCAUCCAUCCAUCCAUCCAUCCCAUCCCCAUCCCCAUCCAUCAUCCAUCCCAUCCAUCCAUCCCCCCAUCCAUCUAUCAUCUAUCCCCAUCCAUCCCCAUCAUCCAUAUCAUCCAUCCAUCCCCAUCCAUCUAUCCAUCCAUCCAUCCAUCCCCAUCCAUCCAUCCAUCCAUCCAUCCCCAUCCAUCCAUCCAUCCAUCCAUCCCCAUCCAUCCAUCCCCAUCCAUCCAUCCAUCCAUCCCCAUCCAUCUAUCCAUCCAUCCCCAUCUCCAUCCAUCCAUCCAUCCAUCCAUCCAUCCAUCCAUCCAUCCCCAUCCAUCCAUCCAUCCCAUCCCCCAUCCAUCCAUCCAUCCCCAUCUCAUCCAUCCAUCCAUCCCAUCCAUCCAUCCCAUCCAUCCUAUCCAUCUAUCCAUCCAUCCCCAUCCAUCCCCUCCAUCCCCAUCCAUCUAUCCCAUCCAUCCAUCCAUCCAUCCAUCCAUCUAUCUCUAUCCAUCCAUCCCUAUCCAUCCAUCCCCAUCCAUCCAUCCCCAUCCCCAUCCAUCCCCCAUCUAUCCCCAUCCAUCCAUCCCCAUCCCCAUCCCAUCCCAUCCCAUCCAUCCAUCCAUCCCCAUCCAUCCCCAUCCAUCCAUCCCCCAUCCAUCCCCAUCCAUCCAUCCCCAUCCAUCCCCAUCCAUCUAUCCAUCCAUCCAUCCAUCCCCAUCCAUCCAUCCAUCCAUCAUCCCUCCAUCAUCCAUCUCUAUCCAUCCAUCCCUAUCCCAUCCAUCCAUCCAUCCAUCCCCAUCCAUCUCCCAUCCAUCCAUCCCCAUCCAUCCCCAUCCAUCCAUCAUCCAUCAUCCCCAUCUAUCCAUCCUAUCCAUCUCCAUCCAUCCAUCCAUCUAUCUCUAUCCAUCUAUCCCAUCUCAUCCAUCUAUCUAUCUCAUCAUCUAUCUAUCCAUCUCUAUCUAUCUAUCUCUAUCUAUCUAUCUAUCUAUCAUCUCUAUCUAUCUAUCCAUCUAUCUAUCUAUCUAUCUAUCAUCUAUCUAUCUCAUCAUCCAUCUAUCUAUCUAUCUAUCUAUCUAUCUCAUCUAUCUAUCUAUCUCAUCUAUCUAUCUAUCUAUCUAUCUAUCUAUCUCAUCUAUCUAUCUAUCUAUCUAUCUCUAUCUAUCUAUCUCUAUCUAUCUAUCUAUCUCUAUCUAUCUAUCUAUCUGCUCUACUUACUGUAUUGA